UUUAUUUCAUAUUAUAUCAUUUGAAUUUCCAAUUUCAUUCUAUGACUUCUUCUAAUUAUAACUUAACCUAAAAAACUCUUGAAUAUACCAAAUUGUUAAAGAUAUUAAGAAAAUUAAUAAUUCUGGAUUAAAUUAUGGCGCUUCUAAGAAAAUCGCUACUCGAAGUUAUGACUCCGUUCGUUCAACCUAAAAGGUUCAGAGGAAAAAUAAACAUUCAAAGACCUAAGCCCCCACACUUUGUUAAAUCAAAAUAUCUGGAGAUUUGUAAACCAUUCUAUGCAUCGCAGAAAAAGGGAAAAACCAUGACCGAGUUGUGUGGUUUCAAUAUGAAUCGUAAAGAUGAAGUUAUUGAAAAUCCAUUUCAGAGAAUUAUUGCGAACGAAGUUUUGACUUAUUUUCAAACAUCUAAACUUGUAGCUUUUUAUCACGUUAAUCAUAUAACUGGUAUAGAUCAAUUUAAAGCUAUGGUAAUGUUUCAUAAAGAAGGAAUGAGGAUGAAGUUUAUUGGAAAAAAAACUUUAGAAAUGGCAAUUAAAGAAACACCUUAUGAGGCUGUUUUGGACUUUUUCAUAUCACGAAAUAUGAUUGUAUUUAGUUCAGAGCCAAAAAUUAAAGAAUUAAUCAAAAUAAACAGAAAGUUCCCCCAAUUUGUUUUAUUAGCUGGAAUUUAUGAGAAUAAAUUGUUGAACUUGGAUGAUUUGGUUAAAUAUAGUAAAAUACCAAAUUUGGAAACUGCACAAUCCAUGUUUGUUCAUACUUUGAAUGCAUCUGCUAAUAGGCUACAUAGACAACUAAAUUCACGUCAAACCAGCUUAUUAGCUUUACUAGAGGAUAGAAAAAAACAAUUGGAUGGUGAUAAUUAAUAAAUAUUGACAUAUUA